AUGUUUCUGCCAGUUGUGAUUUUGCUCCUGGUUCUCUGUCCGAACCCACAUCUGUGCCGGUCCCUUGAAAACCAGCCUUCCAGCCCUCCGCCCACCACCAUCACCGAUGCGACGGCGGGCUGCGGCCCUUGCCAAGCCGACUUAUGCCCGCCGACUCUUGGCUGUCGGGCCGGCGUGGUCAAGGACCGUUGCGGCUGCUGCUUGGAGUGUGCCAACCUGGAGGGGCAAGCCUGCGACCCGGGAGGUGCCAAUGUCCGAUUUGGACUCUGCGGCGCCGGGCUGCGUUGCCAGGUGGAUCCCAGACCUGCUGGAUGGGGACGGGGCCACGAGGAGGAGGAGGAGGAGGAGGAAGAAGAGCAAGUGUGUGUUUGCGAGGACCCCGAGGCGGUGUGUGGAAGUGACGGAGUGACGUAUGCAAACAUGUGCCACUUCAAAGAGGCUGCAUUUUCGGAUCCCACACUGCACACCAGGGGGAGUGGUCCCUGCAAGACUGUUCCGGUGAUCAAAGUGGGCCCAAAAAGUCAAGUGAAUGGGAGCGGCAGCCAUCUUGUUUUCCUGUGUGAGGUAUUCGCCUUCCCGAUGGCGGCGGUGGAAUGGCGUAAGGACAAACGAAGUGGUGGCGACAAACUGGAUGAGGACGAAGGAGACAACCACAAUGACAUCGUUCUGCCCGGAGACGACCCGCACAUUUCUGUGCAGAGUCGUGGCGGUCCUCAACAAUUUGAACUCUCCAGUUGGCUGCAGAUUGAAGGGGCGGAGCCUCAAGACUCAGGAACUUAUCACUGCAUAGCCCGCAACAGACUUGGCUCUGUCUCUGCCUCUGCUGCGCUGGGGGUCCUGCCAGCGGAGGAACUGUCAUCCUACUUGGCCAAUCACGUAUCUGUCAUGAAACAGCUGAGUGACGCCCUGGACUACGACCUCUAUUGAUGAUGAUGACGAUGAUGUUGAUGUCUCCUCCUCUGGCCCACCGUUGGCUGACCUUGAAUAAUUUACAUAGAGAAAGAUAAACUGUAAAGAUACAAAGAUAGAUGAGGUUAAAACGUGUGCUGAUUUGUAUUUUUAACAGCCACGCGAUUGGCUGUCUGUGAAGAGGCGGCGCAUCCGCAUCAAAUCCAAGCUAUACAAAACAUAUCGAAAGAAAAUAAAAAUAAAACAACUGUUACAUACUUAAGUCAAA